AUGGUGGGUACCGUAGCCACACCAACCACACUAAGCGAGCUGCUCGAAGAGACGUUGAAAAUAAGCGAGCAGACACUAGAAGACAAUGAUAAUCAAAAAAAACAGGCUAUUAGUUGUCAUCCGAUGCGACAAGCACUUUUCGAAGUUUUUUGCGAGACCAAAGAAAAAACGGCGCUAUCAAUUCGAAGCAGCGUCGAUGAAGCCCCCGAUGAUCCGCAAUUGAUGAGACUGGAUAACAUGCUGGUCGCUGAAGGCGUCGCUGGACCGGAAAAGGGAGGAUCGUUGGGAAGUGAGGCUAGCGGUGGCGAUCAGGCUGAUUAUCGACAGAAGCUGCACCAAAUCCGCGUUGUCUAUAACGACGAGCUUCGGAAGUAUGAAGAAGCUUGUGCGGAAUUCACACAGCAUGUCCGGUCACUGCUGAAGGAUCAAUCGGUCGUGCGGCCUAUCGGACACAAGGAAAUCGAGCGGAUGGUGUUCAUCAUCCAGAAGAAGUUCAGCGGUAUACAAGUUCAGUUAAAGCAGUCAACAUGUGAAGCUGUAAUGAUUCUUCGCAGCAGAUUCCUUGAUGCUAGGAGGAAGAGACGCAACUUCUCCAAGCAGGCCACAGAAGUUCUGAAUGAGUAUUUCUACUCGCACUUGUCCAAUCCUUAUCCCUCAGAGGAAGCAAAGGAAGAGCUCGCUAGGCAGUGCAAUAUUACGGUGUCACAGGUGUCGAAUUGGUUUGGAAACAAGCGAAUUCGCUACAAGAAGAAUAUCGCGAAGGCACAGGAAGAAGCUAACAUGUAUGCAGCUAAGAAGGCGGCUCAUGGAGCUCUUGGCAUGGGUACAUCUUAUGGUCUGAUUCCUGGCGCGCCUGGAGGAUUAUUAAACCCGUAUCCAGCAAUGCUUCCUGGACAGGAUUUAACGCAUAUGGCUAUGCCGCCAUUCGAUCUCAGCGCUUAUAAUCCGCAAUUGAUGGCACAAUAUCAAAACCAGAUGGGCGGUGGCGAUGGCGAGCAGAAGCCUUGA